GCGGCCGCCUGCGCUGCGGCCGGAAACAAUAGUGGAGGACCCUGGGCCGCGCGGAUCGGCUGCGGCGGCGCACGAAGCCGGACGGGGCACUAUGAACGAAGAGGAGCAGUUUGUAAGCAUUGAUUUGAAUGAUGACAACAUCUGCAGUGUUUGUAAACUGGGAACAGACAAAGAAACACUCUCCUUCUGCCACGUUUGUUUUGAGCUAAAUAUUGAUGGAAUACCAAAAUCUAAUCUCUUGCACACCAAAUCAUUAAGGGGCCAUAAAGACUGCUUUGAAAAAUACCAUUUGAUUGCAAACCAGGAUUGUCCUCGAUCUAAGCUUUCAAAAAGUACUUACGAAGAAGUUAAAACCAUUUUGAGUAAGAAGAUAAACUGGAUUGUACAAUAUGCACAAAAUAAGGAUCUGGAUUCAGAUUCCGAAUGUUCUAAAAAUCCUCAGCAUCACCUGUUUAAUUUCAGGCAUAAGCCAGAUAAAAAGUUACUCCCACAGUUUGACUCCCAAGUACCAAAGUAUUCUGCAAAGUGGAUAGAUGGAAAUGCAGGUGGCCUCUCAAACUGUACACAAAGAAUAUUGGAACAGAGGGAAAAUACGGACUUUGGGCUUGCUGUGUUACAAGAUUCAGGUGCCACUUUAUGCCACAAUAGUGAAUUGUGGCCUCAUAGUCACAACCAGGAACAGAAGAAAGAAGAGACAGUCUCUAAUCCAGAGGCUAAUGUCCAUACCCAGCAUCCACAUUACAGCAGAGAAGAAUUGAAUUCGAUGACUCUUGGUGAGGUAAAGCAACUGAAUGCAGAGCUCCGACAACAAAUACAGGAAGUUUUUGAAGAGUUAGCCCACCAAGUGCAAGAAAAAGAUUCUUUGGCCUCAGAGCUCCAUGUCCGCCACAUUGCCAUCGAACAGCUUCUCAAGAACUAUUCCAAGUUACCGUGUCUGCAAAUGGGACGAACAGGAAUGAAGUCACACCUACCCAUAAACAACUGAACUCUAAACUUACACAUCCUUCUUAUGGCCUGCCAUUUUUUUGGCCUGCCGGGCAUGCACACUUUGAAGAAGUUGAAGGAAGUUAUGGUCAAUUAUUUUAUGGUCAUUAAGUUUGCAAAACUUAAGGCAGUGUUUAACAUCUUUGUCAAAUAAAGCAGAUCAUUACACUUUAGUCUUC